UUUGCACUUCAUUAACAGGAAGGAAAAAAAGAGCAGUGUGGAGAGUGCUGGGUCCUUCCUUCUGUUACUUACACUGUGCUAAUGAGGUGCCUUCGGGAAGGAGAAGAGCGUGUUAUAAAUCAUAUAGCAGCAAAAAUUGUUGAAAAUGUAUGCUCCACUUUCUCUUCUCAUGCUCAAGGAUUUAUUACUGGAGAAAUUGGACUUGUGUUGUGGUAUCUUUUUAUGCACUCCACCAUAGAUUCUUUGAGAAUAACUGCUAUCUCAGCAUUAUGUAAAAUUACCCGGCACUCACCAAGUGUUUUCCAGAGUGUAAUUGAGAAGGUGGGAUUAACAGCUGUGAUACAUUCAGUGGCAACUGGAAUUUGCAGAGUUCAACAGUACAUGCUGACAAUGUUCUCUGCUUUGUUGUCAUGUGGGAUCCAUUUGCAGAGGCUGACUCAAGAAAAGGACCUUGUAACUACAAUUAUUCGACUACUUGAAAGUCCUUCUACUGCAAUUCGAGCAAAAGCUUUUUUGGUCCUAUUACAAAUUUUAAUUAAUAAUAAAGAGAUGCUACUUCUGAGUUGCCAAGCAAGAUUGGUGAUGUACAUAGAAAGGGACAGCAGAAAAGCUACACCAGGAAAAGAGCAGCAAAGCAACAAUGAAUACCUGUCAAGAUGCCUGGAUCUUCUCAUCUAUCACAUUGUGCAAGAGCUGCCACUACUUCUAGGUGAAAUUCUUGCUGCUUUAGCCAAUGUAUCAGGACGCAAACAUCCAUCAACAGUUCAGGCCAAACAACUAAAAGGAUGUCUUCCAAUGAUGCCUGUGGUACUUCAUCUUGUGACAUCUCAGGUAUUUCGUCCUCACAUUGUAACUGAAGAGUUUCUUUGCAGCUAUGGAACUUUACUGAAUUUUAUCAAAUUAAUAAAUACAGGAGAAACUAAUUUGGAUGGAGCAAUAGGUCAAACAGCUUCAGAAGAACUGGUUAAGACUGUUUUAUUAACAUUUGAAGCAAUAAUUCAACAUCCAGCACUGCUGAUGCUUUACUAUUCAACAAUUAUGGAUUGUGUCCUGCCACCUUUAAUUUCCUUGGUCUUCAGUCAAAAUGUGGAAUGGAGACUCUUCAGCUUGCGGUUGCUCACAGAAAGUACUUCACUACUUCUAAGCCACAAGGUCAUUGCUGAAGAGAAAGAGAAUCUUAAUUCAAACAACAAACUUCUAUGUCUCAUUAGGAACUCAUUGUUGCCUCAAUUUGAGCAGAUUUUAAUGGCACCUGACCCAAUGCCAGCUUAUGCACUGAAGCUGCUGAUUUCCAUUACAGAAUACAACCCUGCUUUUAUAGGACUGGUUGAAGAAAUCCACCUUGUUCCAACAAUUUUUCAAGUUAUCCUGGAACACCAGGGUGCACUGCUGGGAAAUACAGUACAGAGUGCAGUUGCAGUGUUAAAUUAUCUGGUAUUAUAUAAAAACGUGAACAUGGCAUUACUUUAUGAACAAG